CCGCGACACACCGCCACCGACGCCUACACCUCCCCUGCUGCCGGUGCUCACACAGUGAACGCCUCACGCCUCGCAGACACUCCCGCGCGCUAUCUCUGAAACGUGUGUAGUGCUACCGACAGGAUACUUUCCGCCACCGGAAGGGCAGCAUGCAGUGGAGGAGGAAGCAGCGGGUGCUUUACGUCAUCGGAUCGGCCAACCACGCCCUGCUCAUCAAGCAGUACAAAGAUGGCGAGGAGGCGACGCGUCCGCGUGCCGGAGGCGGCGGCGGCGGCUCGGCGGGGCGCGGCCACAGCCCGUACCGUCCCCACGCGCCGCAGUCGCAGCCGCAGCCUCCGCCCCCGAGCCGUACCAUCUCCUUUAACGACGAUGAGUACACCAAGAUAACGACGCCGCGGCAGGAUGUGCUGUUCAAGAAGGGCUACUUGGGCCGCGCGCGGCCAGCCCCCGAGGUCGCCGAAGACGCCGCCGCCAAAGCGCAGAUUGGCGAAGAAGUAAUUCCAAAUGAGCGGUGCGGUUUGGUGAAUGUUCCUGAAGAGCAAUACGUGUACACGAACGGCUACGUGGACCAUGGGAACAUGUAUUACAUGAAUGGAGAUGGUUAUGAGCUGUGCAACUUUACUGUGCUGGUGGGACCCGCCCCAGCACCUGCGCCUGUGCUGGCUGCCAUUCCUUGUCAACCACUGCCACUGCAACCACUGGAAUGGUUCAAUCCACCCACUGCCUUUGUUCAUUGCCUGCCACAUAUGCACAGUUCCUCAGAGUCACAGAACUCUGGACCACAGAGCUCAGAAUCUCCUGGAAGUCCUGAGGAAUGUGAAGAAGUUAUAGCUUGUGAGGAAGAGCCAGCUUUUUACCCACCCCAUCCUCCUGCAUAUGUCUACCCAGGCUAUAUGUUUGGGCCCCCUGUGUUCAGUAUGAAUGGUCUCACAAUUCAAGGAGGUCCUCCACAGCCUCCACCUACAGAAGUAAUUUCUGUGAAGCAUCACAAAAAAAAGCGCCGAAGGAGAAGACAUCAAGGAACUGUAGAUGAUGGUUCUGAAGGAUCUAGCUCAUAUGAGAAAGAAGCAGAGAAACCUUUAAGCCAACUUGGGCCUGAUGCAUCAAAAGACUGUGAAUUAGCUGUUGCAGCCCAAGUGGGAAGUACAAAUACAUCUGCCCUAGGUAUGGAAGUGGAAUUCAAUACCACCUCAGUAACUAAUAACAUAGUUACUUCAGAAAAUAUACCCGAGCCAGCUACUCAAGCUUCAUGUAAAGAUGUACAAGCCAGUGAGGAUAUUGCAGGGAUAUCUGAAGAGCACCUCCUUGACAACAACAAAUCAGUCAAGAUGUACAGUUCACAGAACUGCAGUUGUGUAGCUGACAGUUCUUUGGAUGUGGAAACAAGUUUACGGACAGAAUCAUGCUACAAUGCUGUCAAGAAGGCUGAUGUACCCUUGUCAAAAAGUGAAAGCAGAGGUCACAAAAAACAUCUGUCAGAAUCAAAAGCGAAAAAGGUGAAACACACUGAAAAGAAAGUGGUGUCAGAAGGUAGUGAUGUAUUAACUGCACAUGAGAAUACUGUGAGUAGACGAUCAAAGAAAGGAAAUAAGGGAAUCACACAAAAUGCAGCAGACGCUACUAAAAAAGGGUCUAUUUCAGCAGUUGAAAAAGGAGAUAAUGUCCCUUACAAUAGUAGCACUGUAUGUUUUGAAGAAAAUUCCAUCAAGAGAAUAGCUCAUGACGAUAGGUCUUGCAAAAGCAAUUCAAAGGAUGAACAUGCAGCACAUGAAGGACAAACUGAACCAAGAAGUGUAUUUGAAGAAGCUGGUGCUGAUCAUAGCAUGCAAAAUGGUAUGCCAGAUGACCAUGGCAUAUUGUCGCCUGUGAAACAGACAAUGCCUUCAGAACAUCCCACCAGUCAGGAAACUCUCACAAUAGUAGAUCAUGACUCUGAGUUGAACUGCAUUCCAGAUACAAUAAAUAUGAAUAAAUCACAAUUAAAAGACACUGUUUCCAUAUGCAACAAUCAAGAUGCAUUUACAGUAUCAUCAUCUGACUAUUUUUCGGAUGAGUCAAGCAGAAUACAACACACACAAAAUGAUUCCAAAACUACAGCAUUAGAGUCAAAUGAGACUGCAUCAAAGAAUUUCCUCAGUUCAACUGAUGACACUGAGUUACCUCAUGAGGAGACAAAUCAAACAGGUAAUCUGAGCUGUUCUACCUUAAAUACUGGGGCUCUCUCUGAAUCUCUCAAAGAAACACACACCCUACUGCCAGAGAAUGUCUCAGGAGGGCUACACUGUCCAAAUGACCGCGCAGGCCAUAGUGAACAUGAUGAAAGUAACAAAGAUAAAUUUGAAAGUGAAAUACAGAGCAGCCAAAGCACUGAAGAAAAUUUUGAACAAGGGCACAAAGAACUUCAGUUGAAACCUACUUCCACAUCAACUGAAAGUGAUCAAAUUGUUACCAGUCAAAUGACACACCAUGAUUCCAAUGACCAGGAAACUGAAGUAACUCCAAGCACUAGCUUAAUUCAGUAUGCAGAAAAUACGUCAGCCAUUAUUGUAAAAGAGGCAUUAGAUGAAGUGCAGUUAAGGCACUUUAAGAACUUGAAAAUUAAAGAGGCUGUUGAAAAAUGGCUUCACUCACAAAAAGGAAAGGAAGUUAUAUGUCUUACAAGUGCUGCUUCAAGCUAUAUGUGUGGGAGUGAUGAAGAGAGUGAAAGUCCCGAAACAGAUGAAGAAUUAGCAAAACCUAUUUUAUCCGGUCCAAAAAACGUGCUACGCAACCCUUUGCUUGCAUCAUCUCUUAAUUUUUUGUACAUGGAUGAUGCAAGUAUAAGGGUUGCAAUAAAAUUUUGUGAAGGGUGUGUGUCUUUAGCUAAUUUAAUUCCUCAUAUGAAACUGCUCAAGUUUAAUUCCAAUAUGAAAUGUGAUAAUAAUACUGAAAAAAAUAUCUGCUCAAUAAUUAAGAUCCAUGGCCUUAACACUGACUGUGGAUUUACUCUUUCCCUGCAGGAUAAGGAGCCUUGUAGGAUAGUGAAAAAAUCACCUCACAAAAAUCACAUCCAUAACUCCAUUAUUAAUGAAUUUUAUAAAUCAUCAGACAAACAUCAUGAAAGUGAAGAAUAUGAAACUAAAGGUGCUUUGAGUGAAGUGGUAAAUAUGGAUAAUUCAUUAUCAGAGCAAAUAGAUACUUCUGAUAUGAUUGACUGCGAAGCUGAAUUUUACAUUUGGGAUUCUGAGCUGUUGAAAAAACAGUUGAACAGUCAAGUUGAAACUGAGCUUAAGCUGGAAUCAUCAGAUAAUGUAUCAUGCAUGUGUGACCCAUCAUUAUUUGUGGGGAAAUAUUACAGUUUGGGUCUUCCAGUGGAGAGAAAUAAUUAUGAUUCACAGACUGACACUGAAUCAGAAGAAGAAGUAAUGAUACAAAGUGAUUCAUCACAAAGCUGGUUGUCAGAAACAUCUAACAGCACUGUUAAUAUUGCAGAAGAUGAUGUCAAAAGUGAAGAAGCAAUAGACGUCAUAGCAGCAAUGAAUCAAAAUAUUGAUAUUUUCAAAUUCGGUUAUGCUAAUUUUUCAAAGCUGAAUUCAGAGAUUUCGUCUGCUGCACAUUCACAUCAGAAAGAUAUUAAUUUUGUAACAUCAUCAGGUGUCAAUAUAACAAAGGCAUCAAAUGGAUUACAUCAUGAAUCUGCUAUUUUAAUGAGGCACCUAAAGGACAAGGGACCGUUUCCAGUUGGAGGUAUCUGCUGCAUGAUACAGUAGACAUGUUCCCUUGAAGAUUUCUUUCACAAGUGUUUACAGCAAAGUUAUCGAAUAUUAUACAUCAAACAUAAUACAUUGUUGUUUCUGUGUAUGCUGUACAUAACAAAAACAAAUGUGAAUGAGGUACUUUGAUGAGUUACAAACAUCAUCUCAGCAACAGCUGUGUUGUUCAAAGUGCAACAAGACUGAAAUUUCAACAAGUAUUUUUACUUAAAGCUGAGUGUUUUAUCCUGAACAUUUCUGUUUAAGCUCUUUCAAUCACACAUCCUGCAAUGAAUGAACAAUUUAAAAAUAAAAUGUGAAAAAUUUAUAAGCAUGUCACUUAAAGACAAAAUGUAUAGAAAUUGUUAAAACAUGAUUCAAACAAAUAUUGGGUGAAUGCUUUAUUUUUUUAGUGUUAUAUAUUUUGGAUGCCAAAUAUAUAAACUGUUGUUUUUUUGCAGGAGUAUGUUAUCAAAGAUUUUAAAUAUUAAGUAAUCUGUAUACAUUGCACUUAAAUAUUGUGAUAUUCUUCAUAAUAUGUGUUUGUGCCUUGCCUAAUUUUGUGACUGAUAAUUCAUAUGAAAGUCCUACUGAAAUAAACAGAUCCAUAACUGCUAUGUAUAUGGGGUAUUUCAAGCCUAUCACUUUCCUUUAGAAGAAUGCAGUUUUGGUGACUGGUUGUAUGUGUACAGUGACAAAAUUAUGAAAUUAUUUUAUUUUAUUUUUUGUCAUUGAUCAAAAUGAUGCAGUCUAUUAAACAGAGCUGUUAUUAAAUAUGUUUUCAUUGUUGUACUCUGUUAAUAAUAUGAGCAAAAUUAAGUUUUGAUACAUGCUGUUAUGUGUGAGAAUAUGCUCGAUCAUUGUUUUUCCUUUUUUUACUCUAUAUGGUUUAAGUAAAACAAAGAAACAAAUUUUUGUAUGUAAAUGAACAGGUACCACUGUAAAAUAAUCAGGUCAUUUGUUUAUUUAAAUUUCCAAAUCUUAAUUGGUGGGUGUGAUGUAGUUACUAGGUCAUCUUAGAUCUCAGUCAAAUAACAGUAACAGCAUAUUCAAUAAAUAGAAUUAGCCAUAAUCAUAGACAUUCUCUUUGUAAUAAGUAUGAUCAGUGAUAUUCAUAAACAUUAUUUAUUUAGAAUGAUGAGUGAUGAGAGUUUUGUUACUGCACAAAAUUUGAUAAGCUUUUAAUGUUUUGUCGCUUGGGAUAAUUGCUUGUAGCUUCAGGCAUAUCUGCAUAUGUUUUGCUACAAUUUUGUACUUAAAAUGAUUGUGUGUAAAUUAAACCUAUUCAAUUCUGCUUAUCAUUGAUUUCAAGCAUCUGAGAUAAUAUAAAGUCAAAGGAAAUGUCUCCUUAAUUUUAUGUUUUUAAUGUAUGGUAGCCCCAUUUUCCCCAUACUCAUCUGCAUAUUCUGUGUUAUAUUUUGUAACAAAAUGAUUGGAACGUAUCACCAGUUUGGAACUGAUAUUAAAGUGUGUUGAUUUUGGUAAAUGAAGGGAGAAUAUAAAUCCUUUCUUUGGUGUCUGGAAUAAAUGUGUCUAUAUAAUUGAAAGAAGUAUUUUGGUAUUUUGAGACAUUAUAUUCUCUUUUGAUUGAAUGUAAUUCACUGGUUUUCCCUCUUUUCUGAUAUACACUGCUCUCCUUCCUUUGAAAAUCACUUCAUCAAUCUAGAAUUAUAACAUACAUUCCAUGGCAUGUGGGAUACGUUACUUGAAGGUCUUUUACUUCUUUAAUUUAGAACUAUAUUUUUAUUCAACUGCAGCUAAUGUUCAUGGCAAAAAAUCAAAUUUUCCUUUAAAGAAGUUUAACAGUAUCUUUCAAUUACUGGUGAUAAACAAUAUCUUAGUGUUUAGGUAACACCUGACAACUUUUUAUUGUAUUAGUUAAAAUUGUCAGCAAUUGAUAGGUGUGAUCUUACUUCAUAUUUUAGUUUACAUUUUUUAUUUUUAAAUGCCCCUUUCUCAUUUAAUUUCAUCACUAAUUUCAAAUUCACAGUUGUCUACAAAAAUAAACCAUAUUCAUUACAUUAAAAAUCAGUUACCAGUAGAAUUUUGUAACUACUUCAAAUCCUUUAAGGUGCAGUUAUGAAUUCAUUUAUUAAGUAUUAUUUAAUAAAUAAGUAAACAGCUGUCUGAUGCAAGUAGAUUGUAAACUGCAUAUAAAUUGCCUACAUAUUUUGUUCUGUAGCACUGUCACCAAUGUAAUUGAUCAUUGGGACUGCCUUCUCUUCUGUGAGAUCAGCUUGAAUUAGUCUUCAUCCAGCAGUCAUAAUAUAAAUUCAUAUGUGUUUUUGUAUUUUCAGACAUUAGUGACCUUUUAAACAUUUGAUUGCACUUUUAAUUAAAACACUAAAAAAAGUCUAAUAAGUUUAGGUGAUUUUAUUCUGUAUGCAUUACAUCGACUAAUAGACUGUUAAAAUUUUACACAGCAAAAUAAAGUUGUAGCUGCUAGACACUGUAACAAAAUUUCACUGAUUAGGUUGCAUGAAAUAUACCAUAUAUGUAGAUCUAUAAUGUAAACAAAAGUUAGUUAAUAAUUUGGUACUCAGCACUUGGAGGAGUGCAGCUUUUUCAGAUAUAUCUAUAUUAAAUGACCCUAAAAAUCUCAAAAUUACUCAUUGUCAUCAGAAAGUGUGAUACACCACAUUACUGCAGGACAUUUGUCACCAACUGACAUACAAUAUUCAUAUAUCAUAUGUGAUAGUAAAUCAUUUCCCCAUAUAAUUAAAUUUGGGCUUCAUGUUAGUGUACUAUAAAACUGUAGGAAAACAGCAACCAGUGGUUGUUAUAGAAAGCCUGUCAUUCACUGAAACAGGAAAUAUAACACCACAUCAUUGGAAAAUGACAUACAUGUAUGCUGUAGCAGGAAUGUAUACUUAGAAUUUUUUAUGAAGGUGAUAGCUCAUCUUAUAUGCCUCAUUUAGACACUCCUUACAUCCCAACCAUAGUGUAAAAUGUUUUAUCUGUACUAAGUGUACACUGCUAUUGUGCUAGUUACACUGUCCACUUUAUGUCUAAAUCAACAUAUUUUUGAGAGCAUCUGAUCAUUGUAGCAUAAAAUAAUAAUAUUUUUUUGUCUGUAAAAAAAUCAUUACAGCCCUUCACAUUGUUUCAGUUUGUUGAUUAUAUUAUCUUUGCAUAGUUUUGAAUAGUUAUCUCAUUCUAGAUGUCAUCAAUGAACUGGAUUCUCAUCCCACAAAAUCUCAGAAUGUCUCUCAUUCUUGAAUUUCUCUCUGACUCCCUUCCUCUUCAUUUAGUUCUUCCUUUCCUUGUUCUUUUUACUCUCUUUUUCCGUCCACCUCCAUCUUUCCUUCUUACUUUUCAUUGGAUUUGCUAAACCAUCAUCAAUUGCAAGGAUCCUCUGAUUUCAAACAUCAUCUUGAAAAAAAUAAUAUAUGCUAUUUUAGGACACAAGAUUUUAAUUUUGUAUCAUGUCAUAAAGACCGCUUUGAAAGUAACUGAACAGAGUGUCACCUUUAUCAAAAUAUUUUAUAAUACUCAAACAAGUUUAGAUGUCUCCAUUUGGUUAUGAAACAUGUACCAGUAAGCUUCUUAAUGUCAUCACUGUUCCCUAUCAUGUGAUAGCACUUGAUGCUUUAAAGUCAUAUUUAUCUUGUGUUCAUUUCCCAGUCUUCAUAACAUUUAAAAAUUUUUAUCAAGCUCACAUGGUGCCAGAUCUAAUAUUCUGUCAUAUUAUGCACUGUUGUGGACGAAUAAUUUCACUUAGUAUUUUCAAAGUGCAAAUGAUGGUUAUUUUUUUGCUUUAUUAAUUAAUUUUUACCAGGCAAUUAUUUUGUAUCAUUUAAUGUCAAAAAAUACAAAUAAUUUGUUUCAUAUAACUGUACAUACCACCUGCAGUGACUCUAAAGUACAUUAAAAUGUAGUAUGUCAUCAUGUUGUUCCCAUUUGUUGGUCUGAACGUACUGACAUCAUAGCAGGUGUCUUUCUGGAAGAAAGAACCUGUUAUGACACCAAACUCUGGGAUCAAGAACAGAAGAUAAUGCAAUACGAUACCAUUUUUUAAUGUACAAUUUAUUUCACAUCCUGACUUCACUGGGUGCUAUAACUGUGUAGGCUUCACACCCAGGGCAACUGGAAUGAAUAAGGCAGUAUAAAGCUGAAUCAUUUUGGAACACUAAAACGACUAUAAAACCAAUUUUUUGACCAUGUUUCAAGUCAUCCUAAAGAAAGACACUGAAAAGACGGUGAAAAUGAUGGUUUUCUGGUUGUUUGUAAUGUUUCAAAAAUCACUUAUAUUCAAACUGACUGAGUGCUGUUCAUUGGGCUUUGCAAAUGCAGAGGGGAACAAAAAUAAUUCUACAUGCAAUAUCAGAUAAGUUAAAUGUAGUUUGACAGUGUACAAUAUCAGAUAACAUAUGGAUAAUAUUUACAGAAAAAUAUUACCUUUCCAUGUAGUGAGGAAGUGAUUACUAUUAAAAUAUUGUUAAUUUUCUGUGGAAGAGUACACAUAUUUAAGGAACAUGUCAAGACUAUGUGCACAUUCUGAAAAAAAAUACUUGUUUGGCAGUGUCUAUCCUCUCUUUCUAAGGUUGUUAAUAUUGUAUUGUUUCCAUCAAAUCUGCUUGGGAAAUUGAUUAAUUUUGUUUCUCAUUGUACUAACACAACAGGAGUACUUGGAAAAUGUAUUUUAUUUUAUUUCUGUUUAUCAUUAUCAUAUGUGCAAUCGAGAAAAAAUUCUACUCUCUUUCAGUCAUUUUUUUAAAGAUGAAUUCCUAAAAACUGAAAAGUCACCACCCAAAAUUAAAUAUAAUGUAUACUGAUUUGUGUACUCACACAAAUGAGAACGUUAAAAAGUGAAUACUUCAGAUGGUGUAAAAGAAAAAACCUACAGCUCCCAUGAAUGUUCUGCAAAAUUUUCAUGGGUAUUUCAAACAUUGUAAUAGAAAUAAGUAAACUGCCUUUUAUGGCUAGACUGUACCCAUUUCUGCUUCCUAGUUGUAAGUUAAAAGCAAAGAUAAACUGAAGACUCCAGAAAUUUCCAAGAUGAAAAUUAGCUAGAGCAUUAUUACAAUAAACUUCAGUUCAGAAGUGUGAAAUACUUGUGGCAAAAUUUAAUUUAGUAUCACACAGUAUGAAAACAAGAGCAUAUUUAAAAUUUAUAUUUGUAUUCAGUACUAUACAUAAAAUUUAGAAAUGUUAUCUUUUUGGGGGGUAGCAGGGAUGAUAAAUUAAGCCAAAUUUUCAGUCUCAGUGCCCUAAUUUUACUAUGUACAUUGUAAGAAUAUGCCUGAUAUUAAGAUCUGUAUUGUUCCCAGACUUUGUUGCAAGAGUCUCAAUUUAUUUCUUGUACUGACAGAGUAUUGUAACCAAAAAACAGUUUCAUUGAGAAUGGGCCUCUGUAAAACUUACAUAAAUUCAGUAAUUGUGUACUAGUUAUGCAUGUUAGUGAACUUCCUUCACAUUAUCAAUGUACAAAAGAAUACAUUACACUUUAAAGUAGUUAUCCUUGUUGGUUAAAUAUAUGCACUGUUACUUUACAGAGAUCAAUUUUAAAUAUAGCCAUAAUAACGUAGCCUUAUCAUUAUCACCAGCAAGUGGCUUUUUCCUUAGCAAACAUGUCAUGUCCAGAGUUUGAACAAUUCAUUAAGUGUGCCUUAAACUUGACGAUCAAAUAAUUAGACUGCAAUAUGAAUAAUAAUAGAAAUUUGUGAUAUUGUUAUAGAUACAAAUAAGGAAACGAUAUCAUGAUGCCAUUGCUAUGACUUGACUGAUAUUCUCGUGCAACACAUAAACUCGCUGCAUGGGAAAGAGCGGGGAGUGAUAAGGUGAAGUUAUUUUACUUUAAUAAAAUGUAAGUAUAUGCAGGACUUUUGGUCAUGGACUUAUAAUUGAAACACUGCUAGUAAGAACUGUUGUUACUGAGAUCAAAACAGACCAGCAACAGCCACUGUUCUACAGCAGCAUGUGCUCAAGGGCAGAAAAUGUCAGGAAAACAAGAAACUGAAAUAGUUUCCUGUGACUAUUUCUAGCUAACACACUUCAAAAUAUCACAAGAGAAGAUGAUAUGCUUGGAGGAUAGGAAUGUAUCACACAGACAACAGUGCAUUUAAACAGAGAUAUAGAUAUCAUGUUGGAAUGAAAACUGUAACAAACAAUAUUCUAGGGAUAGUGAACAAAAUGCUCAGUUGGAUAUCAACUAAUUACAUAUUAAAUCAUAAAGAAUUUGUGUAGUGACAAAUAAAGGGAAGCCAAUAUAACAUUGAAAUUCCCUAUGAAGAAAUUCAGAAGGCAAUCAUUGCAGAUAAAAUAAUGGCAUUUGGGAAAAAUAAUCUUUUGGAGUAGAAGCUACUGUUAAGUGCUGGAGAGAGUGGAAACAACUUCGGAAGUCCUAAACAAGAGGCAAACAGACACAUCCAACCAUCUCCCAAAGCAUCGAGAUAGGGAAACAGCAGAGUGAGUUUAGUAACUUCAUUGUAAAAAAGUUUAAUUAAUUCUGGCCUCAAAUAUUUGCAAAGAAAUGCAUGAAAUACUCUCAGAGUUAUAAAAAUCUGUACAAGAAAUAGGUACAAUAAGGUCACUGAACCCAUGUACACAGCCUAUACAAAAGAAUAAGUGGGCACAGCAAAAAAAUGUAACCUGAUAAGUAUAAUUACUACUUGGAAAUGCGUUUUAAUUCCAGUUGAAGAUUAAACGAAUAAAAUGUAAGCUGAUAAGUGUAAAUACUACUGAGAAGUGUAUUUUAAUCCAGGAUUAAAUUUCCAGUCUAGUUGAGGAUAAGAUGGAUUUAGAGAAAUUAGCUUGAAUAUUGAAGAGGAGAUUCAAUGAGUAAUUCGGAUUAAAUAGAUAAUUUAAAAUAAUCAGGUUCUACAGGAACUAAAAAAAUGACAAAUAACAAUAAAAUAAACAGCACACAAGUGUCAAUGCAGAAGACAGAAAAAUUGAAAUAUAUAAAUUCUAUUGUCUUGCAUCUCAUUUUUAAAAAAAAUAAUGGAAUAUAAAUGUAAUUUCCAUUGUGGCAUGGAGUGGUGUCUUCAGAUAAGGAGAAGUGAGCUUAUAUGUUUAUUUAUAGAUUCCUAAGUCAGUCUUAUAUGGAACUGUUACAGCACAAUGAUUUUGUGCACACAGAAAUAAAAAGAGUUGGAAGAUAAUUAUGUUAUAACCUGCUUACUUGGCUAAUAAUCAUAAAAAUGCAAGGAAAAACUGAGAUAUUAUUUUCAUUAAAGUCCACAUGAUAAAUUAAUGCUCUAGAAUACUCCAAAAACACACAACUCCAGAAAAAUAAGUUGACAUCCCUUACUGCAAGUAUCUGGAAACAGUUCUCUGAUUAGCAAAUCAUCUUCCUUGCACCUGACAACUCCUAACAUUGUAAAGAUCCAGAAAAGAAUUUCAUUGUUGGCUUGCAAUUUUGUGUGAUUGGUUUCUAUAUUAUAGAACUGUAUUUGUCAUGGCUCAGUUGGUUCAGUUACCAAAGAAUCAUCUAUCACAGAAUAUUAUAUGUGUCCAUCAUUUCAUAUGAAAAAUCUGUUUGUAUUGCAUACUGAUGUGUCAAUUUAACUGAAGCCUGCAACUACCCUGAGUGCUGUUUGGCUCCUUCCAGCUCCUGUCAAAAAAGUAACAAUACAGCAUAUAGUUCUGUUCAUACAUGUCACUCUUAUAUAACGGAACACGGUGUUACUGUUUAUCACCCCAUGUUCUUUUUGUUUUCUUUUUUGCAUUUUUCUUACAAAUGGAAGACUAUUUUCAAAUGAUUUACUCCACAGUACAAUAAAUUUUUCAUUGUAGGAAUAAUUCACAAGUUAGUGGUAAUCAGAAACAAAGUAAUACUAAUGGAGUUAGUGGGUUUCCUUCAUGUAACUUAUUAAUAAUUAUUUUCUAAAAUACUUAAAUUACUCUUCCCUGUUUUCUAGUACACCUCACAGGCUUACUUGAGUAUGAUAUUGGAUGGCAGUAUACAUUUCAAUCACACUGUUCUAACGAACUGUCAUAUCUUUGCUCUCUCUCCACUGAAAAGCAUCAUUUUUUCAGGCGAGUGUGAACAGCAUUGAUAUACUUGGAGAAAUGUGUGGUACACAUUGUGUUGUCUUACAGUAUAUUUAUUCACAACUGGUUUCAGUCACUGAUCAUCUUCACACUGGAAAAAUAUCUAGUGUGACAACUUCACAUGCCAUACAUGCUAUUUAACCAAAGAAAUAUAUGCCAUAGCUGACUUGAGACCAUCAGUAAAUGAUACUUAACGGCAUAAUACUGGCUUACACAAGCAGAAAACAUUGAAAACAUGAAGCCAUCUAACAGCAAUUAGUGCACAGCACUAUGACUUAGACACAACAACCAAUGUGCCUGAACAAUGAUGCUGUGCACUUACUGCUGUUAUGUGGUUUCAUGUUUUCAAUGUUUUCUGAACGCUUAAGCUAGCAUUAUGACAUUAAGUGUCAUUUUCUGAUGUUUGCAAGUCAGAUAUGUUUUAUACUUUUCUGGUUAAAAAGCAUGUAUGACACAUGAAGUUGUCACAAUAGAUGUUUUUCCACUGUGAAGAUGAUCAAUGAUCAAAACCAGUUGUGAAUAAAUAUAUUCUAAGACAGCACAAUGUGUACCAGGCAUUUCUCCAACUGCACUGAUAAAGACAUUUAUGUAUUUACUCCUUUCAUCAAAGUCUUUUAAUGCUUCCAAGAUGGUGCUCGAGUCUCACUCAGGUGCCUGAAUGAGACUUGGGCACCAUAUUAAAAGUGUUAACUCAGUUUUCAUUCACAUUGGCUUGGUGCUAUUUAUUUAAUACAAGAAUGUGAAACUGAGAAUAUAGUACAUCUUUAUGAUUUAGGAAUCAGUGAAAGCUUUGACUGAUUUCUGAAACACAAUAAUGUUCUUUAAAUCUAUACAAGCUAAAGAGCAUAAGACAUACAGGUGGAGGCUAUACAAACAUUCCACAAUACAUAACCAUGCUUCUAAAAAUUACAGUCAUAAUCCUUCUUUCAGAUAUUAAUGUAAUUCUUCUGGCAUUUCAUAUCAGGAAAACUUUCAUGUCUUGAAAAAUUUAUAUUCAUAGUUCCUGCUGAAGUCAGUGUGUACAGAAAUUUAUAUUUUGCAGAGAAUGCUUGUGAGUAUAUGAGUAUAUGAAUGUUUUCAGGAAAAUAGUUCAUAAAAUGACAAAGCAAUAAUUAUAUUUCUGAAACAUACUAACAGCAACACACAUUGUAUAUUUUGAAAUUGUCAUUGUGUUUCAUCUGAAUUUCACAUUGCAAAACAAUGAUACUCUAAUCUGUACUUUUCUUUUAUGUAUGUAACUUAACUGUUAAACUCAUGUUUAGGUAAACAUUGUAACAGUUUAAUUAGAGACACAACUUUCCACUUAUGCUACCAGUAUUCAAAACCAAUUUUGAAUGUCCAACAAUAAUUUUGAAAAUUCUACUAUAAUAUUUUACAGCUACAGGAGUUUGUGUCAUAUGUUUUGAAUUAGUGUGUUAUUUAAAAUAAGAUGCAAUUUAAUAUGCAUAAUUGGAAUCAUCAACAUCACUUCAGGAAUGGAAUUAAAGGAAACUGUAUGAUGAAGGUGAUAUUGUGUAAGAUAUUAGCAGAAAAGUUCAUUACUUCUGUAAUUUGUCUUAGCUUGAAAUGGAUUAGUGUUACAUUGUACAUGGCUUUUGUGAGGAAAAGGUGUCUUUGGAUUACAAGAUAGAGACUUUAUGGCUGCAUAAAAACAGUUCUCUGAGUUCAAGAAGUAUGAAAUAAAAGACAAUUGUUGCUACAUAGAAAUGCUUUGUUCAAUUUUUGUUUUUUCAAAGAGUGUGUAAUACAGUGAACAUUUGUUUUCGGGAUUCAAUAGCUCACUUACUAAUUUGUUGAAAGUUUGUGAUCUGCAUUUAUUGAGCAGGAAAUAUCUCUCAAUAAUAACUAAUUUAACUUCCAAGUUCAAUGUUAUUUUGUACAGAAAACUGUUUUAUAUUUGACAGAUUUAUUCUUCAGCUUCAUGAAUGUGUAUAUUUCCUAUUGUUGUUUAUGCAUAAAGAGUGUUUGGGCAGUGUUGUUUUAAUAUAUAUUGAUUGAAGUAAAAAUAUAUUGUUACAUUAUAGUA